AUGAUACUCGAUGGCGCUGGAGAUGGAGGCACAGAGGCCGCCAAGAAGAAAGUGGAAAAGGACGACGGUUACGUGCGUUCGUACGCUGACGAUGUCGAUACACUAAGCGUCACUUUUCGAAGCGUCCUUCUGAGCCUGAUCGCAUGCGUCCUUGGCAGCACAAUUUCCGCCAUCACACUCUUCAGGCAGAGCGGUUCUCUAAAUCUCAGUGGUUCCGUCAUUCAGAUCCUGUCUUACAUCAUUGGGACUGCCUGGGCAAAAUGGCUUCCGUCUGUCCCUGUCGAUGAGGGCCGGGUCGACCAGCAUCGCUGCUUGACAAAGUGGCAGAAGGUCGUCCACUUUGUCAAUCCUGGACCUUUCACCAUCAAGGAGCACGCAGUCAUUGCCAUCGUUUCCAGCUGCCGGGUCAACGAGGUGUUCAAUCCGUUCAUUGUCCACAAGCUCUACUAUGAAGUUGAAAACCCGCUAUCGCCCAUCGAUGUCAUCUUCUGCACCAUAGGCACGACGCUACUUGGCUUGAGUCUCGCCGGGCUCUUCAGCCCUAUCCUUGUGGACUCGCCCUUGGCUGUCUGGUACGAGCUGCUGCCCACAAUCAACUUUAUGCAAAUGUUGCACUUCGAUCCGGCCUCGUCAAAGCGAUUUCGCCUCUUCUGGCUCCUCCUUCUCGCCGUAUUCUGCUACGAGGUGCUGCCUCUCUUCAUUUUCCCUACCCUUGCGGCCUUCUCGAUCCCUUGCUUGGCGCUUGGAAAGGGCAGCAAUAAGUCAAAGGGGUUGAAAUCGACUUUCACCAACCUGUUCGGAAGCGCAAAUAUCAACGAAGGGCUCGGCCUCCUGGCGCUCACGUUCGAUUGGCAGUACAUCACGACUGCCCCGUUGGUCGUACCGCUCCAGGGUCUUCUCCCUGCCUGGAUUGGUGCAGCGCUCUGCAUCAUUUUUGCAUCGUCUCUCUACUACGCCAACGUUUUCCAGGCAAAAACGUUUCCAUUUCUCUCCACGAAUAUGUUCCUGCCCAAUGGGAAGCCAUACAAAAUCGACAGCGUCCUGACACAGAGCGUCUUGGAUGAGGCAAAGAUCGCAGUCAAGGGGAACCCAAAGCUACCGAUCACGAGCACCUUCAAGUUCUUUACGCAGACGGCAAGUGUAGGUUGA